AUGAGCCACUCAAUGAAGCCAAAGAAGUCACGGAGGCAUCGGCAAAAAGCACUUGUUCUGCUGUGGUUCCGACGAGACCUCCGCAUGUGGGACAACCCGGCUCUGAUUGGCUGUCUUGAGUUAGGUGCACAGAUCAAAUGUCACAUCUAUCACUCCUAUUGCCUCAGAGACCCCUACACUUUCAGCACAAAGGGUGUUGGCCUGCGUGGAAUUGGUUCUGUGUCUCACUUUAUGAGCUGCUGCCAGCAAAACUCUGGCACUGGAAUCGGCACACCAUUGGAUGCUCCUGCAUUCUGGCCUCAGGGAUGCCCCCUCAUGCAGCUGGGACUGGCUCGCAUGCCACACAGAAAAGAUGGCACACAAAUUGACUGGGCAGUGAAUAUUCAUCAAGCCUGGGAUUUCAGUGACCAGGGAGCUUGUGCUCGACUGGAGACCUUCUUGAAAGAUGGUGUUAACCGGUAUGAGUUAAAGUCAACCCGAGCAGAUGCUUCAAACACCAUCUCUCCAUAUCUACACUUUGAGCAGCUGAGUGCACGCUCACUGUUGUGGGACACUCAAUGGGCUCGUUGCCGGCCUCGCAAGUUCCAGCGGAAGCUGGCAUGGAGAGAUCUGGCAUAUUGGCAGCUCAGCCUGUUCCCACACCUGCCCUGGGAGUCCCUCAGGCCACCAUACAAGGCUCUACGCUGGAGUUCAGACCGUGUCCAUCUGAAGGCAUGGCAGCAUGGGCUACCAGGCUAAGUGGAUGCAGCAAUGAGGCAAUUGUGGCUGACAGGCUGGAUGAACAACUACAUGAGGCAUGUGGUGGCAUCCUUCCUUAUUGCCUACCUCCAUGUCACCUGGCAGGAGGGAUACCAUUGGUUUCAGGACGCUCUAGUGGAUGUCGAUGUUGCUAUAGACAUUAUGAUGUGGCAGAAUGGAGGCAUAUGUGGUCUGGACCACUGGAACUUCGUCAUGCACUCUGUUGAUGCAGCGCUGACCUGUGACCCCUACGGAAAUUAUGUUAGUCAGUGGUGCCCUGAGCUAAAGGCAUUGCCUGAUGACUUUAUCCAUAAGCCCUGGAAGUGCCCAAGCUCAGUACUGCGUAGGGCAGGUGUAGUUCUUGGCCAAAACUACCCUGAGCAUAUUGUGUUCGAUCUGGAGGAGUGGCGUGCCCAGUCACUGCAAGAUGUUACACUGGUGCGGAAGCGUUUCAGUGAGUAUGUAUGCCAGCAAACAGACUGUGACCUAGUGCCUCUGCCUGCCAAGCUUGCGCAGGAUGCCAUGGGCAGUGGGAAUGACAUAAUAAGGCAUGGAGAAAAGGAGUUCCUGCUCCCAGUCAUUACAUGAAUGGAGUGAACACAAACCUAAAGAUACAGACACUAAUGACAACCCAUACAGUAAGUUCUAAAAGGCUAUGUCAACCGCCAUCGAGAUGAGAAAAUUGCCUUUCUGAAUGAGUGUGACUUCACAGCCAGCGUAAAGUAUGAGAAUGCUCAGAGGAGAGAGAGGUUGGAGAAGGACCGCUGCAGCCUCAAAGGGCUCCAGUGCCCUUCUAUCAAUAAAGGCAAAGGACAGCAUCGCAACGUCAGGCCCUGUGAGUGGUGCUGUACAAAGAAGAUUAAGAGAGAACCUGGGUCAAGUCUGUCUCUCUACCUCAGGCACUCUUGUGAAGGAACAUGCUAA